AUGGGACAACCUACAGCAACUCCAGACUCGGUCAAUAGUCUUACCGUGCACGACAAUCGAACCGGGAAGGUGUACAAUAUUCCGAUAGUCGACAAUAGUAUUCCAGCGACUGCCUUCAAGACCAUACAAGCACCGCGUGCGCCUGGCGAGAGGGAAGAGAACGAGACGGAGAAGGGUUUACGCGUUUCGGACAAGGGUUUCCUGAACACCGCUGUGUUGCGGAGUGAAAUAACCUUCAUUGACGGAGAUGCCGGAAUCCUUCGUUACAGGGGAUAUCCUAUCGAACAGCUCGCCCUCCACUCGUCCCAUCUUGAAACAGCAUAUCUACUCAUUUACGGAUCACUACCCACCAAGCCGCAAUUCAAGAUUUUUGAGACCGAAGUCUUGCACCACGGAGUAACCCACGCCGAUGCGGAGCAAUUUUGUCGAUCCUUCCGCUACGACGCCCAUCCUAUGGCAAUUCUGACCAGCGCAUUUGCCUAUCUUGGUUCUUACUAUGGGGAGGCCAACCCUUCUUUGCAAGGUCAGAGCCUCUAUACAAGGGGCAACGCAGCCUCCCUGGAAAUCAUGGACAAGCAAAUUUAUAGGUUGAUCGGAAAGGCCACUACGCUUGCUGCCAUGGCGUACCGCGUCCGUCAGGGCCGAGAAUUUGUGACGCCCCCCACAGGGUUGAGUUAUACUGGCUCUUUUCUGUACCAGAUGGAUCAUCUCGGGGAAGAAAACUAUACCCCAAAUCCCAUUCUCGAAAAAGCUCUGGAUGUUCUCUUCUUAUUACAUGCUGACCACGAAAUGAAUGCGUCAUCGACAACGGUUUUGCAAACUGGAAGUUCCCUUGUCGAUCCAUACUCUGCCAUUGCGGCUGGUUGUGCAUCAUUAUAUGGACCCCUUCAUGGUGGCGCGAACGAGGCUGUUAUUCGCAUGCUGAUCUCUAUUGGAAAGCCCGAAAAUGUCCCCGCUUUCCUUGAGGCUGUCAAGAAGAGGGAAAAGGUGCUAUCCGGAUUUGGUCAUCGAGUCUACAAAACCUCGGAUCCUCGUUCAUUUAUUGUGAGAAAAACUGCGGACGAAGUGUUCAAGAUCACAGGCAAAGAUGAACUCCUUGAAACGGCCAUGGCUUUGCAUGCUGCCGCUAUGAAGGACGAAUACUUCAUCAAACGCAAGCUAGCUCCCAAUGUUGAUUUCUGGAGUGGUUUGAUCUACCGCGCGAUGGGUUUCCCUCUUGAUUUUUUCCCGGUUUUAUUCGCUGUGCCAAGAGUCGUUGGAUGGCUGGCACAUUGGCGGCAGAUGAUGCUUCAAGAGGGCGGUGUAAAAAUCUGGCGACCGCGUCAAAUUUAUGUUGGUGCAAGCAAACGUGAUUAUGUUCCGAUUGACGAGCGGGUUGCUGUUGAGGGACUCCGAAAAGGCCCAUCUGCCAUUUCACACUCGGGGUGA